ACAAUAACACUACAAGCCAAGUGAUAUUUUAAAGAGCCCUUUAAAGCCCUACAAUUGUACUAAGGAAGGAGUAUCAAUACAUUUCACCUGCAAAUCGAGGAAAGACUCGCUUGUCCACUGUUUUUUGCCAAGUCCUCACAAUCGAGGACUUGACUCAGCAGCCCCUCACGAUGCCCCUGAACGAUGAACGUCCCACCUCUACCUCUACGGUGGCCAGCGAGGACAAGAACAGUGACACCGAGUCAUCGGAAAGGUGCGACAGUUUGACCUCGUCUAGCGAUGUGGACUGUUCUCGCCAGAGCUUCACCAGCGAUUCGUCCAGCAAACACAACUCUCCUUCUUGCAGCCCACCAAAAACCCUAACGCUUGAUGAGGUCAUGACCUCAGCUCGGGACCUUUCUAAUCUGAGCCUGGCUCAUGAGAUCAUUGUGAACCGGAACUUCCACCUAGAGCCUCCGGAUCUACCCCAAAAUAGCCUGGAAAAGAGAGUUAAAGAUAUGGUGCACAAGGCCUUCUGGGACUGUCUUGAAACGGAGCUGAAUGAUGACCCUCCUGAGUAUGAUUACGCCAUCAAACUUCUGGAAGAGAUCAGAGAUACCCUGCUGUCCUUCCUGAACCCCGGGGCCAAUCGCUUGCGUACUCAGAUCAUGGAGGUUCUGGACAUGGACCUGAUCCGCCAGCAGGCUGAUAACAAUGCGGUUGAUAUCCAGGGCCUUAUGUCUUAUAUCAUCAAUACUAUGGGCAAGUUCUGUGCACCGGUCCGAGACGAUGAGAUCAAGAACCUUAAGGAGAACUCGGGCGACUUAGUGACACUCUUCAAGGAAAUCUUCCGGGUGCUGGACCUGAUGAAAAUGGACAUGGUGAAUUUUACCAUCCAGAGCCUCAGGCCAGAGCUUCAGAGGCAGUCGGUAGAGUAUGAGAGAGCCAAAUUCCAGAGCAUUCUGGAAAGAACUCCCAGUGCUUUGGACCAUACAACUGAGUGGAUCAAAUCUUCAAUAGAGCAGGCCACUCGAGUCAUGCCACCAGCAGACAAGAGCAGCCAUUCUGGGCAGAGCGCCAAACCCUUACCAGGCCCCACGCUGGUGCUAAAUACAGCCUACAUCAGACUGCUGACCUGGGACGAGUGCAAGGGCCCAUUGCCUGAGACCGUGAUGACGGAUGAAGUGAGGUUGCAGGAGAUGCAGCGGUCUCUUCAGCUCUAUCAAGCGGUGGCGUCUGUUCUGCUGAUAGUCUGCAGCUCAAUAGGAGGGGCCGUGUCAGGCCUGCCAGAUCUUGUCGAGAGACUUAAGAAGAUGACAGCAGUGCUGCUGGAGGGCAUGCAUAACACAGACUUUAAUCUCACUGAAACUCUUGGAAACGUCGGUGCUCAGAUCUGCUGUGAAGUCAACAAGUCUCUGGCUGAAAGAAACUUCCCAGCUCUGCCGGCUGAAAUGCAGGAAACGUUAAAGGGCCAGAUCUGUGACAUCACCCAGGAAAACAACCCAAUACGCACACUUGUUGAGGGAAGGGUACAGCAGUACUUUAGGGUGCUCCUCGCCUCUACCAACUCUCACAGGACGCCCCCUCCUGUACCGCCAGGCUUGGGUCUGAUUCAGCCGGAGCUCAUGGGGCUUGGGGUCAGUUUUGUCAACCUCGUCAACUUCAACAAAAAGGUUUACGGUCCUUUCUACGUGAGCAUCCUGAAGACUCUACUUUUCAUCGACAUGCAAGCACCAACUCAGCAGAAUGGGAUCAUACAGGGGCCACCCAGCAGCCCACUGGAGUCCAAAUAAAUCAGGAUGCAUCGUUAACUUGAUUCGUUAUCAUCACCAGACAUUUCACUCAUGUGUUUCCAGUUGAAUUAUAUGAUGCUUCAUUUAAGGGAAUCACUUGCAGUAGGAAGAAGACUGAAGAACAACAAUGUGCUAUGGUGAUUAAAAUGGGAAAUUACGGAUUUGGGGGUGGGGGGGGGGUGCUGUUUAUUAUGUUACAAAGAGACUAAGUUCCUUGCCAAGUUAUAUUUUUAGCAUCGCCCUAACUGUGGUUUUCACUUGACAGUGUUACUGCAACAGAAAAGCAGUCAUUAUGUACAGUAUAUUGACCAUGUUUAGGUGCAAGACAGAAACUUUUCUAUAUUUACAGAUUGUUUAAAACGAAGCUAAAAUAGGCUAAUAUAUUUACACAGAUCAUUUACAGACUAUUGAGAAUAUACUGAUUAUAAAAUGAAAUAUUUCCAUUUAAAGGUACCCAUGUUGUUUCCCAUGCCUAUUUUCUAGACCAUAAGAAAUGUUUAUUGGAGCAUAUUGAAAUCCAUCAUCGACAAAGUGAAAUUAUACUUCGUGUUUGCUACACAUUAUUUGGAAAGUAUUGUAUUACAAAUAUUAACUAUGUUUAUACUUGGGGAAAAAAAUGGUCUAAAUUUCUUAUUCUACAUAAUUUGAAAUGGAAGAAACUUGAAAUUAUAUAAAGAGUCAGAGAUAUACAGAGAUAUCUAAAGAACUCUGGGAAAAUACAAUUUAAUGAUAUUGUUAAAUUAAUUUUUAACGUGGUCCUGAUAGUGUUAAUUUAUACAGUGAAGACUGCAUGAUCAUUUGUUGUCCUUUUUUAUCAUUUAGACAUCAACAUUUGGGUUAGUUUUGUAUGCUGUUUGUAUCAUUGUGCUUUAGUUACAGGCAUGUUUGUUUUAUUACCAUUAUAUUUGAAAUGUAAGGUGAUUCUCUUAUAUAAUGUUUGUGCUCUUGUGUUCAGUUAUGUUAAUUGUUUUAACUAUUACCUAACCGUAUAGAUCAAGACGCUUGUUUGGCUGGUGACACACAUAAACACACAUGAUUUUUGCCAUUGUGAUAAGCGAAUGAAUGACAUCUUUGUGUGGAAAGCCAUUGUUUUAACAUGACAGACCUUUGGUUGAACAAUUUUGCAAUAUAUGUAUUGUUUGUUUUCAAUAUAAUAUAUGUAGUGUGACAAGCACUAAAAAAAAAAUAAAA